UUAAUUACCUACCACAUGUUGUGUUUGCUUUUGCAUGAUAGCGCUAGCUUGCUAUUAUGGAGAGCCUCAGAAAAGGAGUUUAUGCUUCCAUGCAAAAGCUGAGCCUGGGUAUUGUAUGGAGGGAACUGCAAGUGUUCUCCAAGCUGCUGUACAGAGGAAAGAAUCAACAUCGAAGAGACAAAUCCUUCCAGAGACUUCUGCGGGUGAGCAAAGACUUGCAUAAAUAUCAAGCUGUGUCCUUGUCCAAUCACGUCAAAAAGGUGUGGAAAUCUUUGCCUCAAGGAUCUGAAUCUUUGUCAAUUGAAGGUACUAAAUGCAUCAGCCAAUUCUCCAAUAGACUGACUGAAUGUGCACACUCUACAGCACAUCUGCUAGAGUUCAUUGAGAUCACUUUUACUGAUGUUCACACACGGCUAUGUAUGAGUCUCUUCAUCCCAUUCAACUUGCUCAUGGUGUCAUCACUCAGCCGAUUAUGGUAUUGCCUUCGCUAUCACUUGCAUGCAAUUUCAGUGACUUAUUCAAUGCUUCAAAACCACCUCCCUGACAACAAACCACUCUCCUCUGUCGUGAGUAGCCUCUCCCACAGGCACAGGCACUACCUCACUGAGCCACUCCCUGCCUCCGCUGAGGAUGGCCUGGGAACAGCGCAGGAUGAGGAGGGCCUGGGAACAGCUGUGCUGCGAAUCAGUUGUACCAAGAUUCCUAGUGAAGUGCAAUCUCCUGUAAAAGAAGUUGCGAAGGCAUCACCUCCUCCACAGAACAUGUACACUGCAUGCAGCCUGCUGCCUGCAGUUGCCCAUAUAAAAUCAAAAAUUAAAGACUCUCAAGUCGCAGAUUUGAAUUCAAAAAGGAACCGACGAAUUAGAAGACCAAAUGCGAUAACAUGUCUAGUCAAAACUGGGAGAGGAUUAGCACCAUUGAGAAUCAGAUGCCCACGGUAUCUAAAAACUAAAAGAUUUCAGACUUGCUUCAGAGUGAGGCUGGCUUGUGUGAAGAGGUGCAACCCGUGGAGGUACUGUGCAGCUGCUCGUGUUGUCAAGAUCCAACCCCUCGUUGCUGGGCCUAAUAAGAGUCACCAUCAACAACUAUUUGACAUUGCUGCUGUGCAACCAAUGACAUCUGAUAUCAAUAACUCUAAUGAUAUCGAUAGCAUUUUUUCUGUGCUGACAGUAUAGUCAAACUGUGCGUGCAUUGAUAGUUCCUGUGUAUAAUGGCAUGGUGUAUUUAUCAGGAAGUUUUGUAAUGUUAUUCAUUCAUUGCUGCUGUCACUUUAUGAA